GAUGUUUUCCUUCCCAGGUUCUUAGGCAGUGAAAAACCGUGUGACAGCAGGCAUUGCCAACGUUGAUUUCGGUCGUCUGUUAUUUUACUGUUCCUGGAAAUGGCUGAACUCUCGCUCAUUAGGGAGCGAGCUAAGAGCAUGUGCAUGUCACAUGAAUGCUGAGGAUGAGGCGUAAACAUCAGGGCAGGAACCUGAGCAACUUACGGCCGACCAAACGCUCCGAAAGAGCUGGGGUGAGGGGUUAUCCCCUGACCCUGAUUCCGCCUUGCCGUCAUGAACUCGACUACGCAACCUCCUGGCACGGUAAAUGGAGACGUGGUGGUUGGCUACGUACUGGUGCCCUUUUUCUUCAUCACCUUCGUCGGCAUCGUAGCGGCUGUGGUGAUGUACAUUCGAAAGAAGAAAAGAAUUGACAGGCUGCGGCACCAGUUACUUCCUGUUUACUCAUAUGACCCGUCAGAGGAAGUGAAUGAAGCAGAACAGGAAAUGCUCUGGAGGGAGGAAGAUACUAAGGUUGUGCAAGGCUGGAUGAGGACGUAUCAGCAACAUCGCCCCCUCCUGGCUAAAGAUGUAAAUGCAUGAGAGUUCAGAAGGGGUGCCUGCUCCACUGGGCAUAUCAAUGUAUAUCUGGUUUUACCUGUGCUUAUCUGAAAGACAUCAAGUCCCAUUAUUCUAAACUGAUCACCAUGGUAACGACUGAAGUGAAGCAGAAAAAAAAGGAAGGAGCUGAGAAUCCACGCUGAGAAUCUACUGUGGAGGAAGCUGAUUUGGAUCCCAGAGUCCUCCUGUCUUUAAGCUAUACUGCUCCUAGUCUGGGUCUCAAUGUUGCAAUGAAUGCAAUGUUGCAUAUAGGCUCUUCUGUUACAAUUCUUAUUUAUUAUUGUGCAUUUCAGGUUAAUUUGUUGUGUGGAAUGCCACUGGAUCAGGGGUUUCCCUGAAAGAAAAAACAGCUCUGUAGCUCUGAAUCUCAACAAAACAAAUGUGACAUUUAAUGGCUAUAUAAGCAGCGUAUCACUGUAUAACUGUAAGACGACAUCCCGUCCCACUAAAGAUGCCCAUCUCUCUCCUGAACCAGAGCCCAUUUCUACUAUUACUCUGUAUUCCUGUAGUGACUUUCUUUCCACGCCCUGAGUUGAAUAUCUGUUGAUGUUUAAAUUAUUUGUCAGAUUCAAAAUUAAUCCAGGAGGCCUCACUGAGCCUCAGUGUAACUAGAUGUUGGAUUGGAGAGAAUGGGCUGGGAGAGUAGGGAGGGGCUUGUUAGGGAACAUCUGAAAAUUUCCCUACAGCAUAAGAGGAGGUGAGUUGUUGUGUUAAAAAUGUUCUGCUUUGUGGUUUGGGAGUGUGGGUUGCCCUUGGGAAGCUGGUAACCAUUGAAAGACAUGCCGGGGUGUUAUGCAGGAAACGGCUCCUCCACAAAAAAAAGUGACUCACCUUGUUCAAAGCAUGCACCCUGUCAUGCUGGCCUACUGAGGAGCAAAGCCAGGAGAAUGAGUAAGACAAGUCAGACAUGGAUUUUUAUCCGGUCCAGAUCAGAGAACAGAGGGAAUUUGUUUGAACAUGACUUUUUCUUCAGUGGGCUGUUUUUCAACACAUCUGACGCUUCACACACUGGAAGUAACCCCUGCAGCACCUCCUGCUGGAAGGAUUGGUGCCAAACCGAAAAUGAGAAUCAAGUUUGCUUACUUGAGCAUGUUGAAACAUUCUACUGGUACGUCACACAUGUUGAAGUUGGAUACACUGUGGUUUUUUGAAAAUUACAAUGAAUUGCAGGAUAUUACUGUUUGAGUUCAUGCACUGAGAGAUUAGAGGUUUCAUGCCUUAAUCAUGAUUGAGCCUUGAUUUUUUUUUUUUUUUAAUUGACAGUGUUGGCCAAAGAGGUAUGAGUCAAACCAAGGUAUAAAUAAAUGUCCUUGCUACCUUAUUAUUUUACUGCAGCUCAUUAAAGGUCAUUUUAAUGUUAA